AGCCGGCUGCCCUCGUGGAUGCCUCCCGGCGGCGGCGGGCCCAUGAAAGACUGCGAGUACAGUCAGAUCAGCACCCACAGCUCCUCCCCCAUGGAGUCUCCCCACAAGAAGAAGAAAAUCGCCGCCCGGAGGAAAUGGGAGGUGUUCCCGGGACGAAACAAGUUCUUCUGCAACGGGAGGAUCAUGAUGGCUCGGCAGACGGGCGUCUUCUACCUGACUCUCAUCCUCAUCCUGGUCACUAGCGGACUCUUCUUCGCCUUCGACUGUCCGUACCUAGCGGUGAAAAUCACCCCCGCCAUCCCUGUGGUUGGUGGCAUCUUGUUCUUCUUCGUGAUGGGGACCCUGCUCCGCACCAGCUUCAGUGACCCUGGAGUCCUCCCGCGAGCCACGCCCGAUGAAGCCGCAGACCUGGAAAGGCAAAUAGAUGUUGCAAAUGGCACCAGUUCCGGGGGGUACCGCCCACCUCCCAGAACCAAGGAAGUCAUCAUCAAUGGCCAGACUGUGAAACUUAAAUAUUGUUUCACCUGCAAGAUUUUCCGGCCCCCUCGUGCCUCUCACUGCAGCCUUUGUGAUAACUGCGUAGAACGGUUUGAUCACCACUGUCCCUGGGUAGGCAACUGUGUGGGGAAAAGAAACUACAGAUUUUUUUAUAUGUUUAUUUUAUCUCUGUCUUUUCUGACAGUCUUUAUAUUUGCAUUCGUUAUCACCCACGUCAUUCUUCGUUCACAGCAAACAGGAUUCCUAAACGCCCUUAAGGACAGUCCUGCAAGCGUGCUGGAGGCCGUGGUGUGCUUCUUCUCCGUCUGGUCCAUCGUUGGCCUCUCAGGUUUCCACACCUACUUGAUCAGCUCCAACCAGACAACGAAUGAAGAUAUUAAAGGAUCUUGGUCAAAUAAAAGAGGUAAAGAAAAUUACAACCCCUACAGCUAUGGAAAUAUCUUCACAAAUUGCUGUGUCGCCCUGUGUGGGCCCAUCUCCCCCAGCCUCAUUGACAGAAGAGGGUACAUUCAGCCCGACACCCCGCAGCCGGCAGCACCCUCCAAUGGCAUCACCAUGUACGGAGCCACCCAGUCACAGAGCGACAUGUGCGACCAGGACCAGUGCAUUCAGAGCACCAAAUUCGUUUUGCAGGCCGCGGCCACGCCUCUGCUGCAGAGCGAGCCCAGCCUCACCAGCGACGAGCUGCACCUGCCUGGGAAGCCGGGCCUGGGCACGCCAUGCGCUAGCCUGGCUCCCGGCCCGCCCACACCGCCCUCCUCCAUGCCCAACCUGGCCGCCGAGGCCACGCUCGCCGACGUCCUGCCCCGCAAGGAGGAGCACGUGGCGCACCAGUUCCUGACGCCAGACGAGGUGCCCUCGCCCCCAGGGCUGCUGGCGGCGGGCAGCCCCCUGGCGCACAGCCGCACUGUGCACGUGCUGGGCCUGGCCAGCCAGGACUCCCUGCACGAGGACUCCGUGCGCGGCCUGGUGAAGCUCAGCUCCGUGUGAGCCGCGGGGGCCCGGCCUGGGGGCAAUGACCUUCUCCUGACCGAGUGCCACGAGAUGACAGCCCAGGGUCUAGGGUGCAGAGAUCCCGUAGAGAGUGGACGGAGCCCUGGCUGAUGGCAGAGGGCAGCAAGACCACGUGCUUAGAGCUUGGUUGUAUUUGAAUUUUCUUCUCCACCCUGAGCACUUUGACAAAAAGGAAAAUAGAGAAAGAGCUGUUUUCGGGUGCUUGGAACUGAAAGGGUGGGCCUGGGGGCCCUGCUGCCUCCAGGCGUAGAAUCUGAGUCUGGGAAGAACAGAGUCUGCCUGGAAGUCACACCUCUGCCUGCUCUGGUGACAGACACAGGGAAGGUGGCCAGACUGAAAUUGCACUUAAGUGUUAUGCUACUAAUAUUGAAAUAGACAUGCCAUCCCAUUUGUUAAUUAAAACAACAAAGAAAACCUAACAGGAACAAACCGACCAGACGUGGGUCUGCAUGCCACGCUGCGUCUGUGUCACAGUGGUGUUGGUAUUCCAAAGGAGAUGCUGCUCUUU